GUAGUGCCAGGGCUGAUUUCCUGGGCUAAGAAGCUGAAGAUCUAUUCAGAGCAUUUCUGGGCUCCCAGGAAUUCUCAGGUUAUCACCAGUUCUUCCAGUGUUCAGCACAGCCUUCUUUGACAGACAGCAAGUGAUUGAGCAGAUGGGAAAGGCUCAGUAAAUACUUGGUGUCUCCCUCUGGAACUAGGGACCUAAAAGGCUCAUCUUUUUAUGUGGCAAAACUAAGGACAGAGACAGUGAUCACAUUGUGAUUAAAUGGCAUCAGAGAUCACCUACGCUGAGGUGAAGUUCAAGAAUGCAUCACCAGCUGCAGUGGUUGAAGUACCUCCUGAGACUAAGAAGCAUGAGCACCAUCCCCAGAAAUACCCUUCGUGGCUCCCAUGGCUGAUCUCACUGCUACUCCUCUUACUGUGCAUUGCCCUUGUUAUUGCUCUCUUUGUGGUUCCCUUCUCCCACAGCAGUGACCAGCCCACAGCUCUGCAGCUGAAAUUCAGGGAGUGGUGGUGCAUUUCGGCAGAGCCGCAAGGCAAAGUCUCUCCCCGCACAGAGCGAGGUUGGGUAUGCUGCCCGAAUGGCUGGAUACACUUUGAAAAAAGCUGCUAUUAUAUCUCGGGUGAUAUGAUGCCCAGUGCUGAGAGUGAGCGGAACUGCAGCGGGAUGGGCUCCUACCUGGUGGUGAUCAACAGCGAAGCAGAGCAGACUUUCCUUUCUAAGAAGUUACAGCAGUAUUCAAAAGGAGAGAAUUACUACAUUGGUCUGAGUGCACAGCAGGUGGGCCAGUGGCACUGGGUGGACCAGACUCCGUAUAAUGAGACAGCAGCGUUCUGGAGGGAGUAUGAGCCAAGUGACACGGCUGAUGAGCAGUGUGUUGUGAUCCAUAAGAAUUCAGGACUGCGCGACAACUGGAACGAUGUCAAAUGUGGAAAGCAUAAUCGAAUCUGUGAAGCUGCAGUAGUAACUGUGUGAUGGAAACACCCUCCUCAUCCUGCAUAAAACUGAGGCAUGAGCAGUGCUCUGGAAACAGCACAGGACUAUGGUGGGAGGGGUGAGGGGCCCUGGAGCCUGCAUCUCCACUGUGCCAGGUGGUAUGAUGCAAGCAGAAGUGAUAUUACCCUGUGUCCAGCAUCCCCAGUACAUGUAAUAGCUCAGGGAACACAUGAAGGCCCGAGGUCAUCAAAGCAGGUCCUGGGGUCUCAUAUCCUCUUCUCUCUGAGUGGCUGAAAAGAGGCUGAGUUUUGCAGGAAGACACAAGAAUGUAAGACAGAUGUCCAAAGCUGCAAUUUCCUUUGUCACCUUGAACAGAGGUGUCUGCUUUUUGUUUAGUCACACAGAGAAUGUCCUCUAGUUGCACUGAUUUAGCUGAACAACUGUUGAAUUCUUAGAUAAGAGAAAAUGCAAUAUUAGACCCAUGAAAAAACCUCUGUGCUCUGUGUGUAUCUCUCUC